AAUAUUGCAUGGCUGAACUCUUGCAUGAAACGCUAGUCUGAUGUGUAUUGGUCACUGUUUGCAUCAAAGACACUGUCGUGUUCUGUAUACCCUUGACUCUUAUGCAUUCGAGUUAUUGGAAACUGCGACUCUCAUCUGAGUUGACUGGGUGUCAGUUGUAUUUUGAAUCAUUCAGUAUACCACAAUCGACCUUGUUGUUUUUGGUAAUACACUUGCAACCAGUUGGGUUAGAAAACUACCGUGGUUGAAUCUGACUUGUAUUCCAUACAGUAUGGCUAUCUGAUAUGGUCAUGUUCUACUGGGUACUGGAAGGAUGGGCAGAAGGCGAGAAGGAUCUAUAUCUUAGACUCAAAAAGUUACAGCAGCAUAUUGAGUUUCUGUCACUUCAAGAAGAGUACAUCAAGGAUGAACAAAAGAAUCUCAAGCGUGAACUCAUUCGUGCUAGAGAGGAGGUCAAACGUAUCCAAUCCGUUCCGCUUGUUAUUGGCCAAUUUUUAGAACCCAUUGAUCAGCACACUGGUAUUAUUGGAUCUACUACUGGUUCAAACUACAUUGUGCGCAUUCUUAGUACUAUUGACAGGGAACUUCUCAAGCCAAGCGCAUCUGUUGCUCUCCAUCGUCACUCUAAUGCACUUGUUGAUAUUCUUCCUCCCGAGGCAGACUCUAGUAUUUCUCUUUUGGGUGAUCAGGAAAAGCCUGAUGUGACCUAUUCUGAUAUUGGUGGUCUUGAUAUUCAAAAGCAAGAAAUUCGCGAAGCAGUUGAGCUGCCCUUGACACAUUUUGACCUUUAUCGUCAGAUUGGUAUUGAUCCUCCACGCGGAGUUUUACUUUAUGGACCUCCAGGAACUGGAAAAACCAUGUUGGUCAAGGCUGUUGCCAACCAUACUACUGCGUCUUUUAUCCGUGUUAAUGGUUCAGAGUUUGUUCAAAAAUAUUUGGGUGAAGGUCCUCGCAUGGUUCGUGACGUAUUCCGUCUUGCUCGUGAAAACUCCCCUGCCAUUAUUUUUAUUGAUGAAGUGGAUGCCAUUGCCACCAAGAGAUUCGAUGCCCAGACUGGUGCUGAUAGAGAAGUGCAGCGUAUUCUUUUGGAGCUGCUUAAUCAAAUGGAUGGAUUUGAUCAGACGUCCAACGUAAAGGUUAUUAUGGCUACCAACCGUGCUGACACACUGGAUCCUGCCUUACUUCGUCCUGGUCGUCUUGAUCGUAAAAUCGAGUUUCCCGUUCCCGACCGAAGACAAAAGCGUUUGAUUUUAACCACGCUCACUUCAAAGAUGAAUCUUUCUGAAGAGGUGGAUCUGGAAGACUUUAUUUCCCGUCCUGACAAACUUAGCGGUGCCGAGAUUUCUUCAAUUGUUCAACAAGCAGGCAUGUUUGCUGUUAGGGCAAAUCGCUAUGUUGUUUUGUCCAAAGAUAUCGAAAAGGCAUACCGUAGCAACGUCAAGAAGACCGAUAUUGAUUUGGAAUUCUAUCGCAAGAUGGAGACAGAUGUAAAUGAAGAGCACUGCUCGUUUACGGUCGAUUACAAAUGGGAUUACAAGUGA